AUGGAAUCUUGGCAGAAGAUACUUCUAAUCCUUGCUGCAUUUUGUUGUGAAUGCAGAGGAGAAGAAACAGUCAUUCAGCCACCAGGAGAUGUGAUACCUACUGAGGGAGAACAGGUCACACUGGGCUGUCAAUUUGAUACUGUAGAUAGAAAUCCAUACCUGUUCUGGUACAAGCAGAGAGCUAAUGACUUCCCAAAGUUUAUGCUGAAACGGGUGACUUUUGGAUCAGAUAAUGCCAUUGAAUUCCAGAGGAGAUUCGAUGCCCAUCUCAAUUUAACUACAUUUAAAUCAGAAUCAAAAUCAGUCCCUUUGACGAUCCAGCGGUUACAGCUCUCUGACUCUGCUGUGUACUACUGUGCUCUGAGGCCCACUGUGACAACAGGAUAUACAGGGUGCAGAGCAGAAGAGAAUGUAAUACAGCCAACAAAAGAUGUAAUGGUCGUAGAAGGACAACCAAUAAAACUCACUUGUCUAUUUGAUACAACUUCUCAAUCACCAUAUCUCUUCUGGUACAAACAACAAACAAAUAGCAACCCUAUGUUUAUGCUGAGAAGGGAUACGUUUGGAGCUGGGGAAACCGCUACUGAGUUCAAGGAGAGAUUUCAUGCCCGUCUGAACGUCACAGCAAAGUCAGUCCCCUUGACGAUCCAGAGGGUGCAGCUGUCUGACUCUGCUGUGUACUACUGUGCUCUGAGGCCCACUGUGACAACAGGAUAUACUGCCAUCUUACAAAAACUAUAUGUUUCAUGUGUCAGUCAUGGGAAUGACAUCACUCCAACAACAGAUAAGGUGUUUGGGUUGGAGGGUGAUGUCAUAAAUCUGUCCUGUAACUACUCCUCUGCUAGUACUCUCCAGUGGUAUCAACAGUACCCUGGAUCAUCUCCCAUCUUCCUCCUCCUCACUGGAGUGUCCUCAAACCCCUCUGUAGUGCAUGCUACUCCUCCAUACCCACGACUGUCUGUUAAACUGAAUGAUGAGAGAACCCAUGUGGACCUGGAGAUGUCCUCUGCUGAAGUGACAGAUUCUGCUCUGUACUACUGUGCCCUGUAG